AAUGCUCGUUGAUCACCGGUAAAAUGAUAAUGGUGGACUCCAUGGACCAUUGAAAUCUAUUAAUGCUUUACUACUGUUAAAUUUUCUGAGAUGCCUCCAUUGACUACGAAACAAAAAAUUGCCAUAGGUUUGAGUGUCCCUAUUGUUGGAUUACUUUUCUAUUUUGUGUUAAAAUGGGCGAGAGAGAACGAUGAAGAAGACGACGAGAAUUACACAGAGGAAACAGUUGUUUCUUCUGCUGAUUUGACGAGUGAACUAACGAUUCAACAACAGCAUGUUGGAGCAGUUAUAGGACAUGCUGGCAACGUUAUAAAACAAAUACAGAAAGACAGUGGGACACGAAUUAAUCUGAAAGAUAAUGAAGAAGGAUGUGAAGAUGAAUUCAUGGAAGAAGAGAGACCAAUUUUUCGUACAAUUGUUGUACGUGGGUCUCGUGAAGGCAUUAAACAUGCUGAAGUUCUGAUUAAGCAAAUUAUUGCUGAACAACCAGUAAAAGAAAAGAUAAGAGUUGAUGUACCACAAUAUCUCAUUGGUCGUAUUAUUGGCAAAGGUGGAAAGACUAUUCGACAGUUAUGUCGCACAUCAGGAGCCAGAAUAGAAAUUGGUAAUGAGAACAAAGCUAGUGAUACACGAACAUGCAUUAUUUCUGGAACUCAGACAGAAAUAGAUUGUGCCAAACAAUUGAUUAAUGAGAAAAUCAUGGAGGAAAAAGAGUUCAGAGCAAGAAAGAAAAAACCUGAUCUAGGAAGAUUAAAGACAUCUCAUGCUCGUAUUGCCAUACUUAAUGAUUACUUUAAAGUUUAUGUCUCAGCCAUUGAAUCACCUGAGAAAUUUUGGAUUCAGAAUGUUACAGAAGAUGCAAAGCUGUUAGACCAUCUUAUUGAAGAAAUGACAUCUUAUUAUGGUGAAAAAUGUCAAGGUUAUCAAUUGACACAACCUGCAGUAGGUGAUCUGUGUUGUGCAAUGUUUAAACAUGAUAGUUCAUGGUACAGAGCAAAGAUAAUACAAAUAAACAAAGAUGAAGUACAUUUACAUUACGUUGAUUUUGGUGACAAAGACAUUCUUCCACUGUCAUGUGUUAAAAUAAUGAGGCAUGAAUUCUCGGACUUGCCAUUUCAAGCAAUCGAAGUAAAACUGGCCAAUGUUCAACCAAUUGGUGAUAAAUGGAGUACAAAGGCUUGUGAUGAGUUUGUCAAAUUAACUUAUUGUGCGCAAUGGAAAGUACUAAUGGCAAAAGUUUUAUUCUAUGAUGAUAACAGUACACCUUGCGUUGAAAUUAUUGACACAAAUACUGAACAAGAUGUAAAUAUCGAACAGAAACUUGUGGAAGGAGGUUUUGCUGUGUAUAAAGGCUUUUCAAAUGAUGAUGAUAAAAAGAUGUGUCAAGCGCGCAAGUCAACUUCAGAUUUUGUGGUUGAGAAGCAUGUUGAACCAACUUCUUCUAUUGUGGUUGAAAAGCAUGUUGAACCAACUUCUUCUAUUGUGGUUGAGAAGCAUGUUGAACCAACUUCUUCUAUUGUGGUUGAAAAGCAUGUUGAACCAACUUCUUCUAUUGUGGUUGAAAAGCAUGUUGAACCAACUUCUUCUAUUGUGGUUGAGAAGCAUGUUGAACCAACUUCUUCUAUUGUGGUUGAAAAACAUGUUGAACCAACUUCUUCUAUUGUGGUUGAAAAGCAUGUUGAACCAACUUCUUCUAUUGUGGUCGAGCAGAUCACUGAGCCAAAAAUAGAUGUUGUAGUAGAGCAGAUCACAGAACAGAAAGAAACGACGUCAGAAACACUAAAUGUAGAUUUUAAGUUGUCGGAAAGCAAUGAUAUUCAUCAAAAAGAGAAAGUUAAAUCAAACGUUGAUAUUUCUCAACUUGAGUCUUUGUUUGGGAUGGUAUCUUUGAAUGCAUCUGCCACUGAUGGUAUUGAUGUUGGUGAUGGUAAGGAAGGUGUUGUUGUUAAAGGUGGUGAUGAAGAUGAUAGUGAGAAAAAUAAUGAUGGUGAAAGUCUUGACAGAAGUAAGGAUAUGUCAUUGUUUACUAAUGAAAAGAAUACACAGGAACAGACAUUUUAUAAACAAGUUGACAUCAAGUUUCCUGUAGACAGUGACUACCAACACAUUAUUACAACAAGUGAAGUCAAAGAUUUUCUUGAGGAAUCUGGAGAUGAUAAUGAAAACGCCAACACGACAUCAUCAAGAAUGACGUCAUCUUUGCCAUAUAAUAAACAUAUUAAUAAAGACACACAAGUGCUUAAAGUGAAUGACGUUGCUUCAACAUCUGAAUCUGUGAAACAAUCGAACAUAGUUGAAAAAAUGAAUAAUUCCACGGAUGUCAUUGAAAGUGGGGAACGGAACUCUCAUGAUGUAGUUGAUGGUCAAAAUUUAAAUCUUCGUCCUUUGAUGCAGUCGAACUUGGAAAGUGACGUAUCAUCCCGAACUAAUCAACACAUACAGAGUUCCUUGCCUGGAAAUUCACAUGCGCUUACAAAAGGUUCUAAACGUGUGAUGGCUGCCAAUUUUUCUGUCGAUACCAAAACAGAUAGUGAAAGCGAGGAAGGAGAUUCUUCGUUGUAUUUAAGCGCCAGAGAGGAUUCUGAUUCUACUACUGGUUUUGAAAGUGCUCUUGGAUCAACUGACAACUCAAGAAUGACGCCAGCAGCACACGCGGCAAAGAAUGGUCACGUUAAUUGUUUGAAAUGGUUAGUUGAAGAAACUAAGGCAUACGUAGAACUUGCUGUUCAAGAUGGUGAAACACAUUUGUUGCAUUACUCUGCUGCUGAAGGGGUGGAACAAUGCUUAAAUUAUCUUCUCACGUUUAUGAAAAAACGAAAAAUUACCACUGAUAUUAUUGAUGGAUAUGGACAAUCUCCACUUCACACUGCAUCAAAAAUGGGUCAUUUGGCUUGUGUACAAACACUUGUUGAACAUGGCUCCGAUGUUCUUGCGAAAGAUAACGAAGGUUUAACAUCGGCUAACAUUGCCUACAUCAACAAACAUUCUCUAUGUUCUAGAUACUUAUUAAUGGCUGAAUGUACCUGGAUUCUUGCUUCUCGCGUAGCAACUUUAUUUCGAGAGGUUAAUGUUGUCAAAAAGGAAAACAAAGAACUUAAAAAGUCGCUUGAGAAUAUGAAGUCAAGGAAAAAAUCUUUCCCAAAGGAUUUGCCUCAUCGACCAGAGACCGUGGGCGCACAUGUUGAUGAAAGUGGAAAGCAAAUUGAAGAAAGCUCACUCAGUCAUAUUAAGUCUAAUUUGCGUGAACGAAAAUUUCCGGACGGCGAGAGUCCAAAGAAUACUUUCACAGAAGCUGACAAACGACGGCCACAACAUUUCAUUCCAAGUAGUCAUGUAAUCAGCAAAGAUUGGGAGAUUAGUGAUAAAAAGAAUUUUAAAGUGAUACGUCAAUCUGGUAAUAACAGUGAUUCCAUUCCAUUUGUGUCCAUCUAUGGUAUUGCGGAAUUAAAUCCUUCCGAAAAAGUUAAAGCAAAAGAGAUUGCCAUGGUGACGCACCAACUCUUGUCUACUCGUCAUCUUCAACUUGUAAAAAAGAAGAAAAAUGAAGACGUAAACCCUGCUAAAGCUGCUGUUGAUCCUGUAAUAGCAGAACAUAAAUCAACAACGUCAUCUGUUGACGAUAGCGCUGUCGUUUUGAGACGGGCAACUUUAAGAAAUAAAAGCAAUCGUCCAAAGUCGUUGUGUGAUAAAGAUUUAAAGUUUAUGAGAUCAGCGAGUGACGUUGGUUUUUCGCGUAAUGUUACAUCAUUUGGUCCACUGGAGCGAACAAUAUCUUGCACUGAAAUUAGCACACAAUCCAAAUUUACAGAAGACGUCGAUAAAAAUUCAUCCUCCGACUUGGAACUUUCGAAAAACGACUCGGAUGGCAAAAUUUGGGAAAACGUGGGUGCAAGAAAAUUGCUUUCUAGGAAAAAGAAUUCUAAACCACGGCCCUUAUCUGCUGGACUCACUGACCUGCAAACAGUUUCUACUGAUAAAAUACUGGAGUUAUAUGCUCGUGAAUCUCGUGGGAGUUCUUCACGAUUAAAUAGUUUGAUUAAAGAAGAAGACGAAAAUAGUAUGGGCUUAAGAACGAUUUCUUCUCUUGAAUUGAAGUCAUCAUAUUCCUUGGAAGAGUCUAACAAACCAUCGGAUGUUGAAGCAUUAAAUAAUAUCGAAAAAAAUAAAGGAAGUGUUUCAAAUACUACAAAUUCAACGAAUGUUAACACGGAAACAAAAGUGAAGAAAAGACCUGUUGCUAAGCCUAGACAAAAACGUCCUGUUUCUUCUAACCAAACAAAAAACUCAAUUCAAACCAGCAAAGACAAUGUUCAUUUUGAUAGUCAUGGUUUUAAUGCAAAACUUGAUGAAACGAAUAUUGGAUUUACUGACGUUUGACGACAUUUACAGAAGAAAUGAAUGAAACUUUUACACUUGAUCAACUUGCUUGACCGAAAUUUUAGUUUAUCGUGGUAUAUGCAAUAAAAGUCUUCCCUCCUGAUA